AGUGAACUGGGUACUCAUCUUGCUUCCUUGUAAUUGGCCUCGAGUAAUUGACUAAUUAGUAUCUAUUCUAUUUGCAUGUGAUUAUUUUGAACAACACAAGUUCUCUUUCCUAUAGCGAGACAAAGGUUUGAAAAAGCUUUGAAAAGAAGACGAUGGUGUUCUCUAUUUCUGAAAAUGUCAUGAAGCUUUGGGAUGCAUGGAACGUCAGAGCAUUUGUCAUCCUAAGCUUGCUGGCGCAAGUUUUCUUGACUCUCUUUGCACCAUUAAGAAAGCGCCUGGGGGGAAUAUGGGGAAAAUGUGUUUACAUGUUGAUCUGGUUGGUAUACUUGCUCGCAGACUGGAUUGCGGGGCUCACCGUUGGAUUCAUCUUAAGCAACCAGUUGAAAAGUCCUGCCAAUAGUGGUGACAUUCAGACCUUUUGGGCACCCUUUCUGUUGUUACACCUUGGUGGUCCCGAUACCAUCACGUCCUUUGCCUUGGAGGACAAUGAGUUCUGGGUAAGGCAUUUGCUUGGGCUCAUAUUACAAGUUGGUUCUACGCUCUACGUCUUCCUUAUGUCCCUCCCACACAACAAGCUUUGGCUCCCAACCCUCUUGGUGUUAAUUGCUGGCAUAAUCAAAUAUGCAGAGCGGAACCGUGCUUUUUAUCUAGCAAGCUUUGACCAUUUUGGUGAAAAUUGGGUGCCUGGAGAAAGAGUAGCUCGACUUCAUAUUCCAGAACAAUUCAAAAAUUUGGAAACUCCAGAUCCCUUGCCUUUUGGAUUGGAAGAUGAUGAUGUCGAGCCAUUUUUUGUUAAUCGCGAUGCCCAGCGAUUUUAUAGGCAUUAUUGGCCUUCCGAAUUUUUUGUUGGUUCCGAUCCUAAGUCGAUAUUACAAGCUGCAGCUUACUUAUUUGGAACCAUCAGGGGACCUCUUCUUGGCUCUUUUUUAUCUAAAUCUCAACGUUUAAAAGGCUAUGCAAACUUCGGAAGCAAAGACGAGAAUUGUUAUGCAAAAGAUGUGCUCCUAAAGAUGGAAAUUCAGCUAAGUCUAUUGUAUGAGGCUCUCCACACCAAGUUGCCUGUGAUUGUUUCCAAGGCUGGGUGCAUCAGUCGCAUCUUGAACUUGAGUUGCAUCUUGGGAGCCUUGUUGUCAUUCUCUUUAGUUAAGAAGCACUACAAGUUGGAGGAGUUUGAUGCCUGGCUAACCUAUGGGUUGCUGGUCGGGGCCUUGACUUUGGAUUUCAUCUCUAUCAUUUUACCUGUGUUCUCCGACUGGUUUGUUAUUGCUAACUUCAAUAUUUUGGGAUACUUCCCUAACUUGGGAUCCAGAUUGGAGACUACAUUUGUCAAGAGGCGCAGGUGGUCUAACAAAGUUCCCCAAUUAAAUUUUGUUACUUAUAGUGUUAAGGACCAUCCAAAUUGGUUGAAAUCAAUGGCUACUUUUCUUCCUUUGAGGAGUUUGUUAGAAGCCAUGAAAGUAAUUCGAUGUCUGUCCUUCCAAAAUUUUGGAGAAGACCCACAUUACUGGCGCUGUAUUUUUGAGGAUGAAUUAGCUACCAAUAGCUUGUUGAGAGAAGGCUCCACAUCUUGCACAUCUCUCUACCUUUCACCAAAUCAUCACUUCAUCAGCAACAUCUCCCAACAUUGGUACCUCCAAAUGCCAUUCACAUCCAGCAAUUUAAUAUACAAAACCAAUAGUUAUUCUUCCCUUGUGUUCUUAGCUGUAGUGUAAAAUUUUAAGAGAUUUCAACCAAUAAUUAGUUGAAACCAAAUUGUGAAAUUAAAUGUAUUACAAAAGGGUAAUUACAAAAAAGAAACCUAACCUGAAGUUUAGAAGAGUUUAGAAGAAUUUAAGUACUGGAGUUAAAAACCUAACCUGAAGUAGCAACAUUUAAAGCCAAGGAAUUACAAAAAAGAAAGGAGCUUUAAACUGUCCGAAAAACCACUACCAAAAAGAACCCACUUUCCAUAAUGCUUGUAGCAUUUCUAUAUGCCUAUACCAUCCUAUAUGCUUGUACAAAAAGAACCAAGUCUACCCAAAAGAACCAAAAAGUACUAACAGGCCAAAUCUUGAUAUCCUUGCACCAAAAAGUGUUAACAAUC